UUUACUAAUCCUUUUUCUUCUUGUUUAGAUUGAUGAGCAAAUUGAAAGCAUGUUUAAUUCAAAGAAGAGAGUGAAGGAUAUGGCUGCUCCUGGAACAUCUAGUGUUCCUGCUCCAACUGCAGGAAAUGCUGAGAAGUUAGAAAUUGCAAAGAGAUUGGCUCUUAGAAUCAAUGCUCAGAAGAAUUUGGGGAUUGAGUCUCAGGUAGAUGUGAUGCAGCAGGCCACCAAUGCAAUUCUUAGAGGUGGCACCAUCCUGGCUCCCACUGUCUCUGCAAAAACCAUUGCAGAGCAACUUGCUGAAAAGAUCAAUGCCAAGCUUAAUUAUGUGCCUUUGGAGAAACAAGAAGAGGAGAGACAGGAUGGUGGACAGAAUGAAUCUUUUAAGAGAUAUGAAGAAGAAUUAGAGAUCAGUGACUUCCCACAGACUGCUAGGUGGAAAGUUACCUCUAAGGAAGCUCUGCAGAGAAUCAGUGAAUAUUCUGAAGCUGCAAUUACAAUCAGAAGAACAUACUUCCCACCUGGCAAAGAACCCAAGGAAGGAGAGCGGAAAAUUUACUUGGCAAUUGAAAGUGCCAAUGAACUGGCUGUGCAGAAAGCAAAGGCAGAAAUCACCAGGCUUAUAAAAGAAGAACUGAUCCGGCUGCAAAAUUCUUACCAACCAACAAAUAAAGGAAGAUACAAAGUCUUAUAAAACAUCUGGAAAAAACUUUUUACCUGUGCUGGUCUGUGAUACAUGUGGCAAUUGUUGUCUGCAGUUUACAGUGUAUUUUAAGUUAAGAUUUUUAAAAUUCUUUCUUGCUGAUUUUUUUUUUUAAAUACAAGAAACCAGUAUUUGCUAAUGAAUUUUCUUUCAAAUAUGUUGCAGUCCCACGUUGAUGGCAAUUGGUGCUCCCUUCAGCCUGCUCCAUGGUCACUUGGAGAUUCAGAGUUUUACAUCAUUUUAGCAUUAUUACGUUUAUGUUUGUAUAUCUGGUUGUAAUAAGCCACUGAUAGUACUUUGUUAAAAUGAAGCACAUUUCUCUGUUAUUACAUUUUUUUUGUUUUGUUGUUGUACGCGGGCCUCUCGCUGUUGUGGCCUCUCCCGUUGCGGAGCAGAGGCUCCGGACGCGCAGGCUCAGCGGCCACGGCCCACGGGCCUAGCUGCUCCGCGGCAUGUGGGAUCUUCCCGGACCGGGGCACGAACCCGUGUCCCCUGCAUCGGCAGGUGGACUCUCAACCACUGCGCCACCAGGGAAGUCCCUGUUAUUACAUUUUUUUAGUGUCACAGUCUUUGAUUUUUAAGAUUUGAAUGACGUACCAGUUAAUUUGUUUUUUUAAUGCAAUAUCAAUAUUUGCUCAUGUUUUCUAAAUU